AUGUUCAGCGAAGAACCCGCCGCGGAAACCCAACCUACCCCCAGAGACGCAACCCCGGGCGUCACACUUCCAGUCAUAGUCAUGGAAAAAAGCGCAUUAGAUGCCAAGGAUCAAAACUCUAAUGCAAAUCCUCCUCAAUUCCCAUUUCCAGGUCUUGAUGAUCCCAAAAAAUCAGCUGUUUUUAUAGAAGCUACCCUCGAAGUUCUCCGCCGCAUGGUCUUUCCAUACAACAAAGAUAAGAUACGUACUAUGUCCCAAAUUCUCGAUGAAUAUCUAAGCAUCUGGCAUGAAAUCUGCGUCGACAAAAGCAACAUUUAUCAUUCUAAAAUUGAGAACCUUUGCAUGUUAGAUUUGAACUUGAUGACAGCUCUUGUUGCGAUGCAGGAAAAAAGAGACGAACUUUGGCUGGAAUUUAAUGGUUAUGUGGAUUCUGACGAGAAAACUCUCGAAUUCCGGGAGGUGUAUUGUCCUAAUUGCGACGAGAGUAGCGAGGAAGAUGAGAGUGAAGACCUCUGUCACUGUCCGAUUCAUCCCAACACCGGCACCGAAUACCUCGCUUGUGGGAUAAUAAUAAAUCCAUGGAAGAAUGGUCCUGCAGUUGGAAACGAGGAAUCCACGUUCACCGUGGCGACCUAUAGUGCUAGUGAGCUAGCGACGCCUAAGAUUCCUGCGGAUGCGGAUGACUGUGUUUGUCUCUGUGUAACGUGUUGUGCUUCUCGUGGCCUCGACAGUGAUGACGAUAGUUAUGUCUAUCCUUCUUCGGAGUCAGAGAGCGAAGAUGAGAUACCCUGUCAAUGUUAG